CUCGAACCAACCAUUGAACAAGAUCUUUGAAACAUACAUUUGACAUUAAGACUUCGGGCUAGGAUGAUCGUUGCGACUCGACUCGAAUCUUAUAUAUUGUCCGACGUCGCACCUUUGAUAUGGUCUUUGUAAACACUUCAACAUCCAUCACAUCCGGGCGAUCACUCGCUAUUAUGGAGUGGCGCAUGUUUGUGCUCAGCGCUAUUAGACUCGUAAGCACUGACCUGAUUGCGUCAGAAUUCGACAGAGCGCAAAUCGAAAUUGCUAUGUCGCCUUUAGGAGCUAUAAACACGCCCGCGUAACAGCAUUCACCAUCAAAUACUACCAUGUCAUCGCAAACUCAUCUUGCAUUCGCAAGUACGGCUAUUGGAAUAACGUCUGUCAUUCAGGUCCCAACACCAUCUCCUGGACCCGGUGAGGUCUUGGUCAAAGUGGCAUUCAGCGCAGUGAUACCUCUUGACACAUACCUGGCGGAUUACGGUCGAACCACAAAUGGCGAAUACCCCGCCGUAUUAGGCCUCAAUCUUAGUGGAGUUGUGGAGGCUGUUGGCUCUGGUGUGAAUGGCCUGCAGACGGGAGACAAGGUUUGCGGAUUCGCCACGGGUGGAUCAAAGGAGAAGGGUUUACAAGAAUAUGCAAUCAUACACAGUUCCACCUGCGCCAAGCUCCCCGAUGAUUACUCGCUCGAAGCAGCUGCAACAAUCCCCGACAACUUUAUAACUGCAUUUUACACGCUGUUCGAUCGUUUGGAACUUACUCCGCCAACGUUCCCCGUCUCUGUACCACCUCCCCAUGCAGAGACUCCGAUCCUUGUUUAUGGUGCGGGAGCUACGUCUGGUCAAUACACUGUUCAGCUGUUGGCCCUUGCUGGGUACAACCGGAUCAUCGCAACCGCGUCCCCUCGCCACCAUUCUUACCUCAAGUCUCUUGGCGCCGCCUAUGUCAUAGACUACAGUGCUGAUGACAUGCCCGAGAAGAUCCUACUCGCUGCAGGCAACAAUCUUCAAUUUGUUGUGGACUGCAUCAGCUCUGAGGGCACACUCAAAAGCAUAUCUAGUGUCGUUAGCUCCGACGGUGUGGUCGCCAUGCUAUUGCCAGUGACGGAAGGCAGCAGGCAUGUUGCAGGGAAAGACACGCAAAUGUGGAUGGAGUUACCUGUCGACAGAAACCCCUUCCCAGAUUCGGUGAAACUUGUGGGCGUGAGGACGCUGUUGUAUAAACAGAAUGAGUACCUUCGUGACAAUCUGAUGCCGAAGAUCCUCCCUCAACUGUUGGAGGAAGGCAUUAUUCGACCCAAUCGAGUUCGCCUAUUUGAUCAAGGAUCUCUACAAGAUCGCUGCCAAGAAGCUCUUGAUGUCGUACGGAAUGGACAAGUGAGCGGAGAAAAGGUGAUCGUGAAAUAGCAUCCAUGUAACCCUCGUGACCAGCACUUCUAGACCAGCCCCUCUAUGGUCACAAGUCUUAUCUUACAAUUCAAGUUCUCAUGGUAUCGUAGCACUUACUUAUAAGUUGUCCCGUUAUCGUGAUGUUGGGUGCAAUUCACUCGUCAAGGUCCUUUGUUAUCCGUGCUAGGCCUACAACCGCUCUUCGUCUCCCACAAUACCCCGUUUUUGCACUCGCUUCAGAACACAACAAUAAAUGUCUACUAUCAUCACACCUGUUUCGACGCCUAACGCAUCCUUGGCCAUUGGGCCAUAUUCCCAAGCCAUCAAAGUUGGCGAAUUCGUGUUCGUUUCGGGUUGCAUGCCUAUCGUACCUUCCACGAUGCAGAUAGUCGAAGGUGGUAUCGAGGAGCAAGCCAAACAG